GCACCCAUGAGAGAUCCGGUUUUCACGGGGACCGGCGCUAUGGCUUAUCACCCGUUCCACGCGCACCGGCCCGCCGACUUCCCCGUGUCGGCGUUCCUCGCCGCGGCGCAGCCCGCCUCCUUCUUCCCGAGCCUCGGGCUGCUCCCCAAGCCUCUCGCCGAGCACGCGCUGUCAGGAGCCACGGAGGUCGGUCUGCACGCGGCGCUGCACGCUCACCACCAUCACCACGCGCACCCGCAGCAGCAGGCGGCCGCCGCCGCAGCGCACCUCCGUGCCCUCAAGAGUCUCGAACCCGAGGAGGAGGUGGAGGACGAUCCGAAAGUCAAUCUCGAAGCCAAGGAGCUUUGGGAUCAGUUUCAUAAGUUCGGCACUGAAAUGGUCAUUACCAAGUCGGGGAGGAGAAUGUUUCCUCCGUAUAAAGUGCGGGUGAACGGCCUGGAUAAGAAGGCCAAGUACAUCCUGCUGAUGGACAUCGUAGCGGCCGACGACUGUCGCUAUAAGUUCCACAAUUCGCGCUGGAUUGUGGCGGGGAAGGCGGACCCGGAGAUGCCCAAACGCAUGUACAUCCAUCCGGACAGCCCUGCCACGGGGGAGCAGUGGAUGGCCAAACCGGUCACCUUCCACAAGCUCAAACUCACCAACAACAUUUCGGACAAGCACGGAUUCACCAUUCUGAACUCCAUGCACAAAUACCAGCCCAGAUUUCACAUUGUUCGCGCCAACGACAUCCUGAAGCUGCCCUACAGUACCUUCAGGACGUACGUGUUUCCAGAAACGGACUUCAUAGCCGUCACUGCCUAUCAAAACGACAAGAUCACACAGUUGAAAAUAGACCACAACCCAUUCGCCAAAGGAUUCAGAGACACGGGAAACGGCAGGAGAGAGAAGAGGAAGCAGUUGACUCUUCCAUCGCUGCGUGUUUAUGAUGAACCGAGCGCUAAAGAAGACGGAGCCGAUUCCGACUCUUCAUCCUGCGAGCCGACGAGUCACAGGGAAUCGAUUCACUCUCCAAUAGGAGCAUCGUCAAGCCCGCUUAAAUACAGCAUGGCCAACCGAGAUGACAAAACCUGCACUGAGAGUGACCAAGAGCUUGACAUCCAGGAUCAGAGGUCUGUGGAUGUGAGUAGUCCAGAUCUACAAGAAACAACAUCUUUCAGGCCAAGCACUGAAGAACGGGUGAAGGACAAGAGCAGCCUUGAAAAGAAACAGGAUUUUACUGAUUCAAGACGAGAAAGCAGCUCUGCUUUUAGCAUUAAGAACCCAGAGAAGGACAAGUCUGAGAGAGGAAACACUAAAGACUUUAAACCGUCCAGGAAGGACGGCAAAGACGGCUUCUCUCCCGUUCUGAUCCAGACGGAGAGCCCGUCGUCCUUCAGUGCCAGUCACUUACAGAACCUGGCGCUGUCCGGCCUUCACGGUCAGCCUUUCUUUAACCCGCUGAGCGUGGCAGGGCAGUCGCUGCUCUUUCACCCGAGCCAGUUCGCUAUGGCGCCUGGGGCCUUCUCUACCAUGGGCAUGGGGCACUUGUUGGCUUCAAUGUCGGGAGCCAGCGGUCUAGAAAACGGAGGCCUUUCAGCUCAGGGCAUUGCCACGCCUGGAUCCUUCCCGUUCCACCUCUCGCAGCACAUGCUCGCAUCUCAGGGUCUCUCCAUGCCACCCUUCGGCGGUCUCCUCCCGUACCCGUACACGUACAUGGCGGCUGCGGCUGCGGCUGCUGCAGCGGCCUCGUCUCUGCCAGGCGGCGGUGUCGCGUCGUGCCUCAGUCGCAGCGGCCUACUGAGCGGCUCCCGACCCCGACUGCGCUUCAGUCCCUACCAGAUCCCACAGAACUCCGGCGUGCUGAACACUGCAGGAGCCGCGCAUACCGACUCCGGCUCCGGGUCCUCGUCCAAACCGGGCAGCAGGGAGGCGAGUCCGGUACCGGAACCGCACGGAUCCCCGCACACUCCCGCACAGGAGGCCGUGAACGAACUGCAGAGUAUCCAGAGAUUAGUGAGCGGACUGGAGAAACACCGGGGCGAGUCUCCGGGGCGAGAGACACCCAAAUAAACGGCAUGUCAAGGGUGCAAAACAGGCGCAUCAAAUCUGUAAAAACGCUCUUUUUGGGGUUCAGGAGGUUCUAGCCAUGACCCUGCAAUUAAGGACAAAUUUAAAUAAAUAAAACCCAAUAAUUUUCUCUGAAUUAUUAAAUAAUGAUCCAGAGGAAUGAACUGACCCUCAGCUAACAGGACAAUCUACACCCAAGGAAGCCCAAGAUUUAUUUGCGCCUGUCUGGACGUGAUAUGUAUUCAGAUUAUUUAUAUGUAAUAUUCAAAACGAAAACAAUCAAAAUAAUAUGUAAAUAAGUUGAGUCGGAUUUUUAAAAAAUGCCUUUUAAUUUAUUCAUUGUACAUUGUGGUGUAAAUAAGCUACUAGACGUCUCGAUUGCAAUUCGUAAUUUGUAUCAUUUAUAUUUGCCGGCAAUUACCCGAGUGUACAUGUAUAUUAUCUCUGUGUGUGUGUGUGUGUGUGUGUGUGUGUGUGUGUGUGUGUGUGUGUGUGUGUGAUAUCACCUGGCUUUCUGUUUGCUAGGCUGCAUUGCGGACGUUCUGAUGCGAUUUUUCAAUACAGCGAUGCACUAAAGCAGGGAAAUCUCAGGUUCCUACAUCUGUUUGCUUCUGUUUCUGUUUUUUAAUAAAUGUAUCUGUCCAGGAGAAAGUCUUUAAAAGUUUUUUCGGCUACUUUUUGGGCAUCUUCCUCGGUGCUGAAUAUUCGGGUAAU